CGGAGGGUCGGAAGGCGCGGAGGCGGAGGGUUGGGAGGGCGGAGGCAGCCGGAGAGCGGCGCCGGCUGGGGAGAGUGCUGCCUCUCGUUCGAUAGAAAAUGGAGGGGUUGGGGGCGGCUGAAAGUAAGUAGGUUUUGGGGGUGGUAUGUGUUAAAAAAGAAAAAAAUUGCUUCUGUGGGGAUUCGAAAACUAGUCUAUUUUAAUGAAAUCAAGCGCCCAACCAGUAUGAAUCCCGUGUGCAACAUGUUUAAGAAUCAGAUCCAAAGCUAUAAAUUGUUGUUUCUCAUAUUUGGGCCUUGUUGUGCAACUCUGAUUCACAACAAAAAAUAAAAACCCAACUAAACACGAUUUUUUUUCUUGGUUUUCCAAAUUUCU